AAUUAAACCCAUAUUGAGAAAGUCCUUAAAUCCAACCCCCUUUUCCCCUUUUCUACGCAGUCUACACAGGCAUGCUCUGGAUCUGCACUGGGGUUUGGUCGAAGGGAAUAAAGAGGAUAUAACUACAAGUUAAUUUGUUACCACUUCUCGACAGCUACAGGUUACACCACAAAUCAGGAUGGCUGGACUAAAGUACAUGAGCGGCUUUGGAAAUGAGUUCUCGUCUGAAGAUCCUCGCUGUCCUGGCUCCUUACCUGAGGGACAGAAUAACCCUCAGGUGUGUCCCUAUGGCCUCUAUGCUGAGCAGCUUUCUGGCUCCGCCUUCACCUGCCCACGUCCAGCCAAUAAGAGGAGCUGGUUGUACCGUAUUAUUCCAUCUGUUAAACAUAAGCCCUUUACACCAGAGCCUUGUGGGAAUCUAACAGAGAACUGGAACGAGGUGGAGCCUGAUCCUAACCAGCUGCGAUGGCUGCCAUUCACCAUCCCUAAAUCCACAGAAAAGAAAGUGGACUUUGUGGCUGGUCUACAUACUAUCUGUGGGGCUGGAGAUGCCAAAUCCCGCAACGGCAUUGGGAUUCAUAUAUAUACCUGCAACACCUCCAUGGUUGACAGGUGUUUCAACAACUCUGACGGAGACUUUCUGAUUGUCCCCCAGCAGGGUAAGAUCUUGAUCACCACAGAGUUCGGGAAGAUGAUGGUCGAGCCGAACGAGAUCUGUGUCAUCCAGCAAGGGAUGCGCUUUAGUGUGGAUGUGUUUGGAGAAACCAGAGGGUAUAUACUGGAAGUAUAUGGAGCACAUUUUGAACUCCCUGACCUGGGACCCAUAGGGGCCAAUGGUCUGGCAAACCCAAGGGAUUUCCUGUGUCCAGUUGCAUGGUACGAGGAUCGCCAAGUGGCUACAGGUUACACUGUCAUCAACAAGUACCAAGGAAAACUCUUCGCUUGCCAACAGGAUUUUUCUCCAUUUAAUGUGGUAGCCUGGCAUGGAAACUACACACCUUACAAAUACAACCUGAAGACCUUCAUGGUUAUCAACUGUGUGGCCUUUGACCAUGCGGAUCCCUCAAUCUUUACUGUGCUGACCGCCAAGUCCACUAGACCUGGUGUGGCCAUCGCUGACUUUGUCAUCUUCCCCCCACGGUGGGGCGUGGCUGACCACACCUUCCGUCCUCCAUACUAUCACCGGAACUGCAUGAGUGAAUUCAUGGGUCUGAUCAAAGGUCAUUACGAGGCUAAAGAGGAGGGUUUCCAGCCAGGAGGGGCCAGCCUCCACAGCAUGAUGACCCCACAUGGUCCUGAUGCUGACUGCUUUGAGAAGAACAGCAGUGCUGAGCUCAAACCCGAGAGGGUGGCUGAGGGAACAAUGGCUUUCAUGUUCGAGUCAUCCUAUAGUAUGGCAGUGACAAAAUGGGGUCUGGAAACGUGUCAGAAGCUUGACAAGAGCUACUACCAGUGCUGGGAACCUCUACGCAGCCACUUUAACCCCAACUGGAAACCCAGUAAAAAGUAGAAGUCCUGACCACAUAUAAAGAUAAAAAUCCUGCAUUAUCUUAUAUUAAAUAACUAUGGAGAAAUAUAAAGUUCAUAAAGCU